GAGAGGGGCGGGAGAACAUUGGGACUUAGUGGUUGUGUGCGGUGAUUAUCUUCCUGGAUGCUUGGGUCAGGUCAAAGGAAAACUGGUUUUACAGCUCUCUGUCCAGGACUGAAAGGAGCGAGAGGAACGAGGCUUUGUCUAGCACCGAGACCGGUUUGAAGUCUAAGAGACCCCGUGUGAUUAAUUGCAGGCCUGGGGAAAAUAGCCGUGUCCAUGGACCCAACUGCCCAGCGGACUCAGACUGCAGUAGCUGGGCAGGGUGCCCAGGCACAGGGUGGUGUGGCCUUUCGUGAUGUGGCUAUCUACUUCUUGAGGGAGGAAUGGCAACUACUUGAUGACUCUCAGAGGCGUCUGUACCACCACGUGAUGAUGGAGGUCUUUGUUCUCAUGUCCUCAUCAGGACUUGUACCUUCUGGGACUGACAUCACUCAGCUGGAGUCUUCAGGAGAUCGCUUCAUCCCCGCCCUGAGAUUUUUGACUCCAAGAGUGGAACCUGCAAAGAUACCUUGUGAGCAGACCCUUUCGACAACAGAAGGAGGGCUUAACGUGACCAUGCUCCCACAGCAGGAGCUGAGCAGUGCUGAGAAUCACUUACAGAGAGCAGAGCGCAGACUUUCAGUUACGAAGAGAAACAGAAGUGACAUAUCAGAGAAGACUUUACAAAGCACAGACAGUACAAUGGACAGCCACACUCUCUCAGGGCUUCUCGGGCAUCAUGCGACUCACAGUGAUGGGGAGCAACCCAGGAGCACCAAGAAAGGAAAGGCCACUCACAGUGAGAAGAGAAAUUACAAGUGCUGCUCCUACUGUGGCAAAUCCUUCAAUUGCAGGUCGCUGCUUAUUCGACACCGGAGGAUACACACUGGAGAAAAGCCGUUUAAGUGUAGCGAAUGUGAGAAGUCCUUCAUCCAGAAGGCUGACCUGAAUCAACACUUGAAAGUUCACACUGGAGAAAAGCCCUUUAGAUGCAGCAAAUGUGGGAAAAAAUUCAAACACAGCCGCUCCCUUGUUGGACAUCAAAGACUUCACACUGGAGAGAAACCUUAUAAAUGCAACCAGUGUGGGGAAUCGUAUGUGAACAGGUCCAGCCUCAUACGUCAUAAUCUGGUUCAUACUGGAGAAAAGCCUUACAAAUGCGGUGAGUGUGGAAAAUUAUUUAAGGAGAAAUCCAGCCUCGUUUAUCAUGCCCGGGUGCACACUGGAGAAAGGCCUUUUGAGUGCAGUCAGUGUAAGAAGAGUUUUAAAAAAAACUCACACCUGGUGAAACACCGAAAGGUUCACAGCAGGGGAAAACCCUUUAAGUGUAAUGUGUGUGGAAGAUUCUUUACCAUGAGGUACAUCCUCGUCAAACAUCAGAGAUUUCACACUGCAGAAAAGCAUCAUGAGUGCAAGGAAUGUGGGAAAGUGUUUUGCUACAGGACUGGACUUUCUAGACACCGCAAGGUUCACGCUGAAAAAAAUAUUGAGGACAGUGAAGAUGAGAAAUAGUUCCCAUGAUCUACCCUAUCUACACAAGAGGAUGUUCAAUGGGCAAAAGUCAAGAGUGCUUCAAAUGUGGGGAGUCUUCACCCACACUUCCAUCCUGUUUAACCUAAGAAGCUACAGUGCAGAGAUGCAUCGUGAACCCACUGAUUCUGGGAAAACCUUUGAGCAAAGUCUGCUCUUAUUAGCAACACAGACACAACCCAGAUAGGUUUGUGAAUGCAGAGAACAUUGACCAAGCUGGUUGAGCCUUAGGAGUGAACAUGACUUUGAGCAGAAGUCCUGAGAGUAGCCUUUGCGAGGGAGCCAGCCAUUGAAAGUUACUCAUCAAAGGAGAACACAGAGGCAAGAUGAGAAUUAUUGCCGUCUUCUUAUUCCUAAGAAGUUAAUGCUUUCUGGGGACUUAGCAAGAGGAAGCUGUGUUCUUGAUUGCAUCAGUGUGCAGUCUCCAUGGUACUGACUUUGAAUGGAGGAGGAAGAGAGUGGCCACCUUUUAAAUAAGACAUAUUUUUGUUGUUGUUGCUCUUGUUUGCUUGCUUGCCUGCUUUUUUUUUUUCUCACUGAAUAUUGCAGUCCCUGGGAUAAAUGAUUCUUUACUGUAAAGUCUUCACUAGUAUUGUGUUCCUAAGUGUCACUAAUUUUGUUGGGGACCAGCUCUGUGUAGCACUUUAUGCUCUCUUGUAGGUAUAUAACCUCUAUGUUUUUAGUAUUUGUUGUUUUCUCAGGUGUGACUAUUUUGUCUGUGUAUAUACUGUGUAUACACUGAAUACAUGCCUGGUGGCUAUGAAGGCUCAAAAACAGGCAUUGGAUCCCUGGAACUGGAAUUACAGAUGGGUAUGAAGCAGUGUGUUUGUUGAAAAUGGAACCUAGGUCCUCUGCAAGGGUAGCACAUGAACUUACACACUGAGCCCUCACUCCAACCCAAGCUUUAAGAAGUUACCAGAUUCUAAGUGACUGUGUGGUUCAGAUUUCAGCUUAUCAGGUACUGGUUCCUUACAUCUUCCCUGACACCGUGUAAGCUGUGUGGUGUUCAUUUGAAUCAUUUUUGUAGCUGUGUGGUAGCAUGUAAUUGUAGUUUUAAUUUGGCAUUAUCUUCAUGUGUUAUUAUAAAGAGUUGGUUAAGUUUGUGUGUUUGUGUAGGCAUGUGACAUAAGAUCUUGUAGUGUCUGCACAGACUUCUGCCCAUUCAUCCUUUCCCAGACUGAAGGGCAGGACCUCCUGGAGAGGCCUUUAGUGUGGUGUGAGAGACUGUUGGCCUUGUAUUUUUCCCUGGUAUACAGUGGACUUUACCUGCAAUUGAGUGUUUCCCAGGGACAGUGAGUGGAUCUUGUGUUAGCAAAUGAAACUGAGACAUUGGUGGGUAAAGCCUAGCCACAAGCAGGUCUCAUGAUGAAUAAAAGAAAAAAUAAAAUAGAAUGGAAAUAAAACAUGCACUAAGGUAUAUUGGUAUAUUGUAAAGCCAGCAGAGAGGCUGAGAUCUGAAGAGGAAUUUAUUUGACUUCAUCAACAUAGUACAUGUGAAAACUAUUGAACUUUAAUAUUUUAAA